AUGUCGCGAGAGCUUAAGAGACCUCGCCGACAUUUCAAUACCCGCCAUCUCCUCAUUGGUGGCGAUGUCUCCCUCCGUGUCCUCCCGCUCGGGGACGCCCUUACGCACGGCACUCCCAGCAACCCAGACAGCUACCGUGCAGCCCUCCGCGCCCUCCUAGUCGCCGACGGGAACCCUGUCGACUACGUCGGUAGUUCCACCUCCGGAACGUCGCCGGAUCUCGGCUCCGAUAACCAAGUCGAAGCUUCCGCCGACGUGGGUGUCACGACGAUUGCCGACGUCCAGACCGCUGCCGACGCCGCCGUGCCCUCCUUCAAGCCUAAUCUCGUCAUCAUCAACGUUGGCACCAACGACUGCCGUCGCGGCGCUGACGUGUCCAACUCCUCGGCCGCCCUGCUCGGCCUCCUCAAGACUACGUGGACGAGCAUAUUCGCCACCGCUGUGCUAACCACUCUCCCGCCGGCCACGCCCGCCGAGGGAAGCGACGGCCACGACGCGGACCUGGAAGCCUGCUUACUCGAGAUCAACGCCCAGAUUACCGAGCUCGUGGCCCAGCAGCAGGCCGCAUCGCGCAAGGUCGUCCUCGUCGAUUUCCGCGCCGAGGAGGGCGGCGUGACGCCUGAGGACCUCACCGAUGCCGUGGCCGUGGGGAGGACGACGGCAGCGCCGAGGGAGAUGCGGGCGCGGGACGCCGCCUCUCGCGGGUGGCUCGAGCCUCCCGAGGAGCUACCGGAGCCUAGCGGCGACGACGAUAGCAGCGGUGGCAACAGUACCGGGACGGGAAACCAGCCCGGCGCGGGUGAUGGGUCCACGACGGCUGAAAUGGAAAAGGGAAGCGGGAACAACAGCGCCGGCGACGACGCGGCCAACAGUGCCGCCGCACGUGGGCUGGCCUCGACUUCUCGGAGCUGCGGGGCUAGCGAUUGCUGCUACGUUGACGAUGUUCGGGCACCCGAGCUUGAUGCUCGGCGCCCCUUCUCCAUUUUCAGCUUCCUCUCCAUCCCUAGGAUUACCUCGACGAAGCCCGAGAAUACCCUGUAG